GAUUGAAUAUCCAGUGGAGAUGAAGUGUCAAGUCAGCAGUUUUCCUCCCUGCAUGAAUACAUCUUUGGAACUGAGCACAGGUUGUUGACUUGGGGGUCAAACGGGUCUCCCCGCGUGAGCCGUGGUUAAUGAUGGACCCAAGGAGGGUUGUGCAAAUCAAACAAGAGAUAAAACUUAACACCAAAUAGCCCCCGAAGCGGUCGCACCACGCCGUUACGUAACCGCCGCGCCUCAAAUAAAGGCAGCCGCUCGCAGGAGCGGGACGUGCAUCCAGCCGAGAGGACCAUGCAGGAGGCCCGCCUGAGACGCGACAGCCUGCUGCUGGCCCUGAACAGCUACAACUCCGCCGCCGCGCGCAUGGAGCAGACGGUGCUGCUGCCCACCCUGCUGAGGGACGUGCCCGCCGAGCAGCCCUGGGCGGAGGAGGCGGCGGCGGCGGCGGGGGACGAGGAGCCCGGCGGGGAUCUGUACGGCGACUACCUGAUGCUGAAAGCGGUGAAGAGCGUGGUGGAGAGCGGGCCGGUGCCCCCCGACGACUGCAAGGCGUCCAAGGACGAGGCGCUGCCGGAGCCCGACGCUGACCCGGAGAGCAUCCUCCGCUUCCACCUGAGGGGCCUCUUGUCCGUCAUGGGCCAGCUCACGCAGCGCAGUCAGAGGCUGACGCAGAAAUAUCUGGACAUCAUCAACAUCUCUCUUUAAAUAACAAUGCUGUCAUUUUGCUCUUAAUUGAAUCAAAGUGUAUUUAUAGCAAUCCGGUUUAAGUCCCUUUUUGCUGGUGCUGCUCCCCCAACCAACUACUGCAAAGUACAGGGCACUGGCCCCUACACACUGAAGAAAUGUCUCCCAACAGCUUCCUCAAGGAGAAGAGUCUGCUUGUUGUGUAUUCACGAGAGAAUAAAACAUUCUUUCACUUGUGUUGUGUUUGUACGGAAUUAUGUACGUGGCGAGGGUGUCCAAAGUGCAGCCUAGAGCCCAUUUGUGGCCCCUAGCUCAUUUUUUAACGGCCCGUGACACUUUUUUUUGUUAAAAAUGGACAAAAAAAAAAACAUUAAAAAGUACGGUAACAAGAAAAUGUUGCAAUAUUGAAACACGAAUAACACAUCGCUCAAGAAAUGAUAAAAAUGUACAAUUAAUGAAUACAUCUGAAGUUGAUCUAGAUUUAAGCAUCGGAAUUAAAAAUGAUAUUUUGAAUAUAUAUAUUUUUUCCUUCGGAUCCCCGAGACAUUUUUAAUGUGAUAUUUUAAAAACUGUCAUUGCUUGAAAAAUAAAAAUAACCCAAAA